UGAAAAGCCUGGGUGGCAUUUCCAAAGCAUGUCUGCUCAGAGAUCAAUGAGCUCCAGCUGAUUGCCGCCAUGAAGCUAGUGGCGGGCUCUUACGAGCGCUUCCUCUUCGGCUACCACCUCGCGCCGACCGCGCUUAAAGACGAGCUGCCGGACGAUGCACCAGCGGCGGAGCCUCGGCCGCUGUCCGCAGCAUUCACGUAUGCGGCGCAUUUGGGCCCCAUCAAGAGUCUGGCUGCGUCAGGGAGUUAUCUUGUGUCCGGGGGAAGCGAUGACAUCAUCAGAAUAUACGAUAUCAAGGCCAGCAAAGACAUGGGCUCUCUGACCGAGCACCAAGGCGCCGUGACGUGCCUUCAGUUCUAUGGUCAGCUUGGCGUGCCAACGCACCUCCUGAGUGGCAGCGAGGAUGGGUCGGUGCUCGUGUGGGACACGGUCGAUUGGCAGUUCCUGAAGCGGUUGGGGGGGCACAAAUCCUCAGUCAACGACUUGACCCUUCAUCCCUCCGGCAAGCUCGCGCUGUCUGUCUCCCGAGAUACGCACCUCAAGAUGUGGGACCUGGUCAAGGGGCGCUGCUCCUAUACAACAAAGACUGGAGGGGAGGCGCUGCUGGUCGCUUUCUCGCCCCAAGCGGGAAACAGCUAUUGCACGGCAGUCGGAAAUGACGUCAUCGUCCACGAUGCACAGGAAGGCAAGGAGAAACUAGGGCUGGGGGGUAGCGCAAAGGUCCUGAGCUGGGCGCAAGAUCAGGAUGACGUGAUGGUGACGGGGUGCGAGGAAGGCCACUUGCAGGCCUGGGACCUCAGCAGCGGGAAGAGCGCUCUGCACGUCCCAAAUGCGCAUUCAAAAAGAAUACGCGGCGUCGCCCUCCCGGGCGCGACUGGCGCUGGCCCCGCCAAAACCCUGCCGACCCACGUGGCUACGGCGUCCUCUGACGGGUUCAUCAAAGUGUGGGACACGCGACUGAUUCGGCGGGACCAGGACGGGCGAACUGCGCCCGCGCCGCUGUACGAAGUGGACACGAAAGCGCGGCUGACGUGUCUCGUGGUCGGCGGGGCGAAAGGGAGGAGUAGAAAAGAGGCGGCCGUUGGGAAAGGCGGGGUCGAAGUGGGCGACCAACCGAGCACCAGUCUGGCGCACGAGAACGGAGAAUCAAGAAAUGGUGCGGAGGCCGUCGAAAACGAAGCACAGAGAGUGCAGCCUGCUGCAAUUCGACAACGAAAAGUGAAGGCUGCCGGGAGGGGGGACGCACCGGAAAGGGGUGCCGUCAAGCGGAGUAGAGGGGGAAAAGGCAAGAAGGGGCCAGGAUGACCACACAUUCGAGCGGCCCUUGCCCUGCCUUUUGAGAACUGUGAGAGCUUGACCUGGAGAAUAGAAAGUGGACUCUUGACACUUAGAUGCUCUCGUUAUUUGGAGUUUAUCCUUAAAGCUUAUUAAGACCUCUAGCAAGCUCGAUGUGCCAGUCCCCAUUCUUCUCGGCAUGUUGACUUCUUUGUGCCCUCAUUGUAGAGUUCACUGUAUGGCAGCCCUCUGUCAAGGAACAGGUAGUUCAAAAUCGUCCACUUUCCAAUUUGGGGAAUUCCUGGGAGUUUAACGCUGCCCCACACCCAU